AUGGAUCACAUGGUGUGCAAACAAGCUGAGCCGGUGGUUAAGAAAGUGAAGAAGAAAUAUGAGUUCGAUCGUACCAAACUAGCUGAGAAGAAGAAGAGACGUCUCGAGAAAGCUCUAGCUACUUCUGCAGCUAUUCGAGCUGAGCUGGAGAAGAAGAAGCAGAAGAAACUGGAAGAACAACAAAGGUUGGAUGAAGAAGGAGCUGCUAUUGCAGAGGCUGUAGCUCUGCACGUCCUACUGGGCGAAGAUUCUGAUGAUUCAUCUCGAGUCAUGCUUGGCCAAGAAAACGGUUUCACAAUGGAUCUCUUUAGAGGUGAGAGAGCCAGCUACGUUCCUCGCCAAAGCUGUGGCAGCUAUGCGGUUCAAGGGAAUGGAUUUGUGCCAAACGGUUAUGAACUAGGAGAUAGUUACUGGUCAGUGCCAUUACCGUAUAACCCAUUCAUGAAGGGUGCUUGGGAUAACAACAUGAGAAUAUCUGCGGAUUUGAUUGCUGCUCAGGCUGUUUCGUCGCUAAAGAUAUCUGAUAACACUGACAGGAACCCUUUUGUCUUCGAUAGAAUGUUCCGAGGAUGA